GCUUAUUUCUACAUUAAUGCACACAGUAUUGAGAUGCAUUGUUUUUGGAGCAUAGCAUAAUUUAUGUCUUAAUUAAACUGUUGCUAAAUGAUUGAACUGACGCUCGUGUUGCGUGAAUCAUUCAGAAGGUGUAGGCGCAUUUGAUAGAUUAAAUUCAUUGGUAUGGAUUAUUGUGCUUUGUGGAUAUUUUGAUAUCUUCAUACAAAUAAACUGAAUUUCUCAAGUCAAUUUAAAAUAACUAUAUGUACUUAUAUUCUUAUUUAUAGAAAAAAAUAUCGCGGGUUGGACAAAUUCUCAAAAUGGAUUUACGGAUAAUUAGCGUGAUGUUGGCCGCUUCAAUACAGAUCGUCUCGAGCGACACCUGGUUCGAACUUCGUCUGAUAAGGUUUGACAAUCCGUCGGGAAGAGAAGAAGACGGCGACUGCUGUGAUUUUCCAUGUUCCGAUCCGUGUGAUCCAGAUAUUGCUAUAUGCUUUGACAAACCGGAUGCGGGAGAAUGUAGUCACCAUAAAAGAUUCACUGGUCAUUAUCAUUUAAACCAAUUCAGCUUCGGACCAAACUUUGAGAACGGCGCAGUCAAUCCAAUGACAGUCCUUUUUGAAGAACCAUGGCCGAGCACAUUGUAUAUCACGGUUAAAGUAGAAGACAGAGACAGUAUAAAUCGCAAUGACCCGAUGGGAAAGGUCAGGAAACUGUUUACCAGAGCGCCGGCAGCAAGCAAGAAGGAAGCCAUUUGGAAUAACCUAGACUUCGACUUUAACUACCAAAUAAUUACAGCACAGGCACGUGUAUACUGUGGAACUAAUUUCUAUGGCGAAGACUGCAUGACUCACUGUAUACCAAAGAAUAUCGUUGGAGAAGGUCAUUACACAUGCGCGAAAAAUGGCUCCAAAAUAUGCAUGGAGAAUUACCAUGGUCCCUCAUGUCAGUUUUAUUGUGCUCCUACCGAUGAUGAAUCGGGCCAUUAUUACUGUGAUAAAAAUGGCGUCCCUGUUUGCUUAGAAGGAUGGACAGGAGAUAACUGCGCCAUAGACAUUGACGAAUGUUAUAAUGGAACCAACAACCCCUGUUCUCCUCAUGGUGAUUGUGUAAACACGGAGGGUUCUUACACGUGUAAUUGUUCGGAUGCUUAUACAGGGCCAAACUGUCAAGAACUAAUAUUGUUCUGUGAUGAUGCCUCUUGUAGCAACAACAGUGUAUGUAACGACACCGUCGGCGGCUUCCAGUGCAUCUGCCACCCUGGAUGGACUGGGACUCUUUGUAAUGACCUCGUUACACCCUGUACCUCGGCGCCGUGCCAGAAUAACGGGAUAUGUACACUUACUCCGAACAGACGAAAUUAUUUGUGCAAGUGUGUAGGAUUAUGGACUGGUAGAAACUGUACCGAGAAAGUUGUGCGCAUGUUAAAUGAUACAAAAAUAAUCUACCUGUCUGGCAAUCUGCCAGAGAACCAGUGGGAUGAUCUCACACUUGGAAUACGUCAUCUACUGAAAGAUCUUCUACAAAUAUCAGACGUUGCCAUAGAAACUACAAUAACAUAUCCAAACGAAAAGCAGACGAGAGUUGAGAUAUUUGUAGAGUCACAAGAUCCGCAAGUGCGACACUCUCUGGAUAAAAUCUUAGUUCUGCCGGAGGAGGAAGUGAAGACCAGCUUUAUUUUACCAUUGUCUGAGAAACAGGAACUGAUCCGAGAACAACAAUUAAAACCGGACCCCUGGGUGAAGAAGCACUGGUAUGUUGUUCUGACAGUGGUGCUAUCGGUGCUCAUCAUCCUCACCAUUGUUGUUGUUGUCAUGUAUGUUGUGAAAAAAAGAAAGAGAGCUGCAAACAGAAAGAAAGCUGCUUUCGCCAAUCCAAGGUCAGCUUCUGGCAGAGAAUCCCUCCCUGAUGCAGCUAUCGGCUUCGACAAUUCCCUUUACUUUGAUUCAAGCCAGCCAGAAAAAGUUCGAGGCCUACCAGAACUGCCAAAGCAAGCUCCGCAGGAGAACGGUCGAAAGUAUUAAGCGUUCAGAUGGUGACUUCCCUUGGUUCUUUACAUUUGGAACGGUUCUACGCAAUUUAAGAAUACAGACUAUUUUAGAAUUAUAGAAUUAACGUGUAUAAACUAUGCAUGACAAACAAAACUAGUCAGACCUAUGUUUAGCAGCCAGUAAAGGAAAAGGCGUAAUCUGGCUGCUUAUGACAAGUUGACAACAGAAGAAAAAGUCCUAUAAAGUCAGUUUGGGAAAAUAGCUGACUGGCUGCUUAAAGCAAGUUGUUACUUAA